AUGAGGGCCGCCAUGGGGAUAGCUGCCCUGGACCUCCUGUGGACGGCACUUCUGCUCCCUCUCCUGGUGUCUGGGGUCCCCACCGAGGAGCACACCUCUGGGGACGCUGUGGCCUCUGGUGCCCCCGGGCGCUGCCGACGGUGCUGUGACUCCGGGGACCCGCUGGCCCCUGCCUAUGCCGCCGAUGAGUCCUCCGCCUCUCCAUCCUCCCUUCCCUACGUGUGGCCUGAGGUCAGGCCCUACAUUAACAUGACCAUCCUGAAGGGUGACAAAGGGGACCGAGGCCCGCUGGGCACCCCCGGGAGGCUGGGCAGGGAGGGUCCCCGGGGAGAGCGAGGCCCCCAGGGCAGCAAGGGCGACAAGGGGCAGGCGGGCAGCCCGGGCGGCCCGUGCCAGACCCGCUUCUCGGCCUUCUCCGUGGGCCGCCGGACGGCCCUGCACAGCAGCGAGGGCUUCCAGCCGCUGCUGUUCGACACCGUCUUCGUGAACCCGGACGGGCACUUCGACCUGGCCGCCGGCCACUUCGCCGCCCCGCUGGGGGGCCUUUACUUCUUCAGCCUCAACGUGCACAGCUGGAACUUCAAGGAGACCUACGUGCACGUGAUGCACAACGAGGAGGCGGCCGUGAUCCUGUACGCGCAGCCCAGCGACCGCAGCAUCAUGCAGAGCCAGAGCGUGAUGCUGGCCCUGGCGCCCGGCGACCGCGUCUGGGCGCGGCUCUUCAAGCGCGAGCGGGAGAACGCCAUCUACAGCGACGACGUGGACGUGUACAUCACCUUCAGCGGCCACCUCGUCAAGCCCGAGGACGACUAG